AUGGCUAAUGAAUUCGAUCGAUACUAUAUUAAAAUUCGAACUAUUUUGGGAAUUGAUGCAAAGACAAUUCACGAAGAACUUACAGCAGCAUUAGAACCUAACGCUCCAUCAUAUCGUACAGUCGCCAGAUGGGCAAACCGUUUUCGUGAAGGGAAAGAGAAUGUCAAUGAUGAUCCUCGAUCUGGUCGUCCAGUAUCCGAACUUACAGAUGAAAAUAUUGAACUAUUUCGACAAGUUAUCAACAAUGAUCCACAUUCAACUUAUGAUGAAAUUAUAGUUGAGACAUCCAAGGGGAAAAAAGCGGAUCCUGGAUCCUCGGAUCCUGGUGGAUCCUGGCAGAUUCAUCACAAGUCAACAAACGCAACCUGGAUUGAUGAAGGUGAAUCACCAACUACUAUCGUUCGUCGAAGCAAAUUUGAACCAAAAAAUUUAUUUUGUAUAUUCUUUAAAUCAAAUGGUCCUGCUCUUAUACAUGGUGUUGAUGAAGGCAAGACAAUAGAUCACAACUAUUAUAUUGAAAAUUGCCUCAAGCCUGUUGUCAAGGAAAUAUGGAAACAAAGAAAGUCAGCAGGUACAAAAGGUAUAAAAUUGCUUCACGACAAUGCGGGACCUCAUCGUCAUUCUGAUGCUAUUAAUUAUUUAGCAGAAGAACGUAUCAAUAUAAUGCCGCAUCCACCAUAUUCAUCUGACCUUGCAUCAUGUGAUUAUUGGUUAAAUGAUUACAUCAAGUAUAAUUUAUCUGACCAACCAAAUGAAAAAUCAUUGGCUCGUGCGGUAUCCAAGGUGGUCAAAAAUAUUCCAGAAGAGUUUAAAAAUACUUUCGACAAACUAUUAAAAAGGAUGGAACUUUGUAUAAAUAAUCAUGGCGACUAUUUCGAACAUUUAAUAAAAUAA